GCGUCCUUCAGCCAUUUGCUACCCUCUGUCGUGUCUUUUCCGGAAUCGUCUCAUAGACCGAUUCCGCCAGCUGCUUGCCCCGACGAUGUCGGAGCCAGUCGCCCCUAAUUCGACUAACGGUCCCGCCAAGAAGCCAGCUUUUGACCAUGAGAAAGUUACCGUCGUCUUUGUUCUCGGUGGACCAGGUGCUGGGAAAGGAACGCAGUCCGAAAGGCUGGUCCAGCAGUUCGGCUUUUCUCACCUUUCAGCUGGAGAUCUGCUCCGAGCCGAGCAGCAUCGUUCUGGAUCCGAAUUUGGUGAACUCAUUCGAACACACAUCCGAGAAGGAACUAUAGUACCAAUGGAAAUAACUGUUAAGCUACUCGAGAAUGCAAUGAAGGCUGAGAUCAAGAAGCGUGAGGAAGAAGGGGUUUGGUCGGGCGGAAAGGGACGGUUCCUUAUUGACGGAUUCCCUCGUAAAAUGGAUCAAGCAUUGAAAUUCGAGGAAGAUGUGUGUCUUGCUUCACUCGUGCUGUUUUUCGAAACAACUGAGGAAGUAAUGCUGCGUCGCCUUCUCGAACGUGGCAAGACGUCGGGUAGAGAAGACGAUAACGUGGAAAGCAUUACAAAACGCUUUAAUACUUACAAGCAGCAAACGAUGCCUGUCGUCGAAUAUUACGCGGCACAGGGCAAAGUCGCUCAGGUGGACAGUACGAGAUCAAUAGAGGAAGUCUAUAGAGAUGCGGCCCAGUGGAUAGAAAGCAUCCUUAAGAAGGACGCAUCCUGACAUUUACCAGAUUAUACAGUUGUACAGCUUUUCUAGACGAAUAUACCGAAACGUAGGACUUUGGAAUCU